AUUUUUCUUAAAAUGGCUUGUGAGGAAGAGGUCUUUUCUAACCUAGUGAUUUCAGUUGUGCUUUCUUUCUUGAUUUAUUAAAAUUUCUAGCCAUGAACUUCAGGCUAGUUAGAUGGAAGUUGGCAAAGGUGAAGAUGUUGGAAAUGAUGGGGUCAGUCUAGAGACGGUAAGAGUACUUCACCAAACAGUUGUUACUUUAAGAACAGCCUUAGAACAGUCAAAAAACGAAUUACAUUUAUUAAGGGAAAAAGUAAAAAAUAACAUAGAUGUGGAAUCAUAUUCCAGGACAAUAGCAAGCCUUUCUAUUGAAAAUCAUAUAUUACGUCAGAAAGUUUUAGGAUCAAAAACAGACCUAGUUAACAGUGAAACAAUGUCAGAGGAUAGCAAAGCUGGUGUAGAAUCAGACAGCAGUGGUGAAAAUGAUGUUUUUGAAGAUGAAGUUAAAGAUAAAAUAAACGGAUUAACCUUGAAUUCUGAUAAAUCAAAAGAUCCUAAUUUUAAUAAAUCAAGUGAGAGUAAUCUAGAUCAAACAUUAGACACUCCUCGUAUAAGUAAAGGCGAUUCUGAAGACAGUGAAGAAGUUGAUGAUAUUGAACUUAUUUUCACAACUGACGAUACCAAAGAACUUGGAUUCCAAGAAGAUCUGGUUUCAAUUGCCGAAACAGAUAGUUGGAAGCACAAAGAUGAAGAUAUACCUCUUAAAUUAAAGCAAACUUGGUCCCAAUCAGUUUUAGUAGAAACAGAUAUUUCAAAAUGUGGAGUAAUUGAUGAAAAUGAACCUCCCAAUUCCACUAGAAGAAAUACAUUACCAGCUCCUAUGCCUUACAGGCCGAUCAUACAUAGAGAAGUAUUGUCUGGAAGCAGAGGACAUCUGGUCGAAGGUACUAAUAAACCAGUGGUUAAGUUCUCACCUGUUGAAAGAAGCCCAAGAUCUGUUCGACCUAUACUUGUUGAAAAGAACUCAACAAAACAAGAAUCAGAAGCUCAAACAGAUAUAACAGCAGUACCGUUGCAAUGGAGAUCAGAAAGCUUCCUUGCUCAUCAAAAGGUCUCACAAAAUUUCACCACUCUUCCUUCUAAGUUUACACUUCCUUUCUGCCAACGUAAGCAAUCUCUUAAGCUUUGUGAAAAAACCCAAGAAGCCCGACGAGUACUGUUAUCUGAUAUUAAUUUUACUAGUAUGGUUCCUGAAUUAUCAAGAAGUGCAGAUCAUUUAUGUCAAGAAACACUAAUGUCUCGUUACCCUAGAGCAUUUUCAUAUAUGAAAAAUGUUGAUGUACGAUCACCUUGUGACUGUGGUAGAUGGGAAUCAGCUUCACCGUCAGCAUUAGAUCUUUCAAGACGACACUCAAUGAGACCUUCUCUUUCCUCUUUAGAUACAUAUUGGGCUUCGCCUCCUCAAAGGCCUACCUGGGCAUCUGUUCCUUCUUCACCUACUCAUUUUUAUCGGGCAAAAUGUGUUCCGAUUUCAUCUAGUUACUCAAAGUGUUCCCAACAUUUUGAUGGAAAUAUGGGCUGUGGUCAUAGUUUCCAAAGACCUAAAGUGUCUCGAGUUUCUUCUGUGCCUGGAAGACAUAAAGUUAAAUUUUCAGAUUACAAACUUCACCGCAGUUAUCCUGGACAAUCUCUCCCAGACCUCAGGGGUGAUGAGAGUGAAGAAUCCACAGAUUCAUUGAUUGACGAAUCAGAAGAUUACCUAAGGAAAUCGAUUGACUCAAUUUUAACUGGAACUGAACCCAAGAGGCGCUAUACUCGUUCGCAUUCUCAACCAGAGUACAAUUUAGGAUUAAAGCCACCUCGCUGUGCUCAACCUUACUUGGUAAGAGUUGCUUCAGACUUGCACACUGGUCAUUGGGUUAAAGUGAUUAUUGGGGAAGGAAAAACUGGUACUGGACUGGUUCGCUACGUUGGUCCUAUUUCUGGUUACGGCGGAGAGCCUUGGGUCGGAGUCCAGCUGGCUCAUGGACUCGGGAACACUGAUGGGACCUUUAACGGGGCUAGGUACUUUGACUGUGAUGCUUCUGCUGGUCUGUUUGUCCCUUUUAAAAAAGUUAUAAUGGCCUGGAGUCUUUAA